AGCUUUAUUCUUCCCUUCCCUUCCCUUCCCUUUCCUUUUCUUCUCCCACAAACCAAACCCCUCUCCUCUCUCUCUCUCUCUGCAUAUACUUUGCGCUGCCUUUUUGGCUCAGGUCCUCCCUGGGUCCAAUCCCUGAUCAGAGUAAGGAAAGGUGAAAACUUUCUAGAAAUUGCAGGACCCUUUGCUCUGUUGACUUGGCACCCCCGGUGGACUUUGAACAGGUCUUUCUUUUCGGGGUCGGUUUGGUUUUCUUGUUUCUCAUAGUGCUAAAGAGGACAGGUGUGAAAUCUUAAGCUGGGUUUGACGAGCUCGUAGCGUGUGUUUUGUAUUGAGAGGCAUUGGUGAAUUACCGAGAAAUAUCGAGCGAACGGGAUUUCGCUUUUUGGGUUUGAUUGGUGAAGUUCUGUUUGUGGGAUGGGCUGCGGGUGCUCCAAGUUCUCGCGGUGUUGUUGGGGUGCUGAGCAGGAGAGACCAGUUGCUGAGGCCCGUGACGGUGUAGAAAAUGAUGAGGAAUCCGAAGUGGAGACUCUGCCCCAAUUUCAGGAAUUCACCUAUGAGCAGAUUAGGAUGGCCACUUCUGGAUUUUCUGUGGAGAACAUUGUUUCCGAGCACGGUGAGAAGGCUCCCAAUGUUGUCUAUAAAGGGAAAUUAGAUAAUCAAAGGCGAAUUGCUGUCAAGCGGUUUAACAGGUCUGCUUGGCCGGAUGCCCGCCAGUUCCUCGAAGAAGCAAGAGCUGUUGGGCAGCUCCGGAAUCAUAGGCUGGUAAAUUUACUAGGGUGUUGCUGUGAAGGAGAUGAGAGAUUGCUCGUUGCAGAGUAUAUGCCCAACGAUACAUUGGCAAAGCACCUGUUCCAUUGGGAAACACAACCAAUGAAAUGGGCGAUGCGAUUAAGAGUGGCAUUGCAUCUCGCGGAAGCUCUAGAAUAUUGUACAAGAAAAGGGCGUGCCCUUUAUCAUGAUCUCAAUGCUUAUAGAAUUGUUUUUGAUGAAGAGGGAAACCCUAGACUUUCAUGCUUUGGUCUGAUGAAGAACAGCAGAGAUGGAAAAAGUUACAGCACUAACCUUGCAUUUACUCCUCCUGAGUAUUUAAGAACAGGACGAGUAACAGCUGAGAGUGUCACUUAUAGCUUUGGCACCCUGUUGUUAGACCUCCUAAGUGGGAAACAUAUUCCUCCAAGCCGUGCGCUGGAUCUAAUACGGGAUAGAAAUCUUCAGAUGCUCACUGAUUCUUGUUUGGAAGGUCAAUUUUCGAAUGAUGAUGGUACAGAACUUGUUCGUUUGGCUUCGCGGUGUUUGCAAUAUGAACCUCGAGAGCGUCCCAACCCAAGGUCCCUAGUUGCAGCUCUACUUCCUCUCCAAAAGGACACUGAGGUCCCUUCUCAUGUACUGAUGGGCAUCCAAAGCAGUACUGCUGCCAUUUCUCUAUCUCCGCUGGGUGAAGCCUGUGUAAGAAAGGAUUUGACUGCCAUUCAUGAGGUUUUGGAGAAGCUUGGGUAUAAAGAUGAUGAGGGUGCUGCUACCGAGCUUUCAUUUCAGAUGUGGACCAACCAAAUGCAAGAGACACUGAACUCGAAGAAGAAGGGUGAUGUUGCUUUUCGGCAUAAAGAUUUCAGAGCUGCCAUUGAUUGCUACACUCAGUUUAUAUUGGUUGGAACAAUGGUUUCACCAACGGUUUAUGCACGCCGAAGCCUGUCGUAUCUCAUGAGUGACAUGCCCGAGGAAGCUUUGAAUGAUGCCCUACAGGCUCAAGUAAUAUCGCCUGUCUGGCACAUCGCUUCCUAUUUACAAGCUGUGGCUCUCUUCGCCCUUGGAAAGGAGAAUGAGGCACAGUUAGCACUCAAAGAAGGUUCUGUCCUUGAAAGCCGAAAGAAUGGAAGAUCUUUGAUGACAAGACCUUCGCCAAAUUAACCCCCUAAUCAUUCUUGGGCAAUGCUCUUCCUUUCCGGCGGGGAAUGAAUUCUUUUCGACAGUGGAAGCAACAAACGUUGAAUUUCGGUAAAUUUGCUAGGGGCUUAGUAGAUAUUGAGUGAAAUCCUUUUCCUGCUCAUAGCAGCAGACGAGGUUCAGUUCGAUCGAGUGGCGGAGGCAGUAGAGCAGCAUCUUCAUUCUGAUUGAUGACAAUUUUGCCCUCGUGUGCUAUUCGGUGAGCGGAAAUGAUCAUAGGGACUGAGUGGAUUUGUUUAGCAUAAUUAGAAAGGCAGUACUGGAAAUCAGGAUUGAGAGGAUGAGUAAGGGGAUUGUUGCCAUAUGCUUGUACAGCUCCUGCUGCAGAAAAACUGGAUUUGCUGUUUCAGGCCAUCUUUAGGUUUCCGUUCACUGCCAAUAAAUUGAUUCCUUUUUCCA